UGCUGUGUCUGCGAGUGUGAGAAUUAACACAAACAACCGCCCGGCUCCAUCAUGAAGGUGACGGCUGCCUUUGUGCUCCUCGUCCUGGGACUUUUCUGCUCCUCCGGUCCGGCUGAUGCCUGCGACUCCUUCCGCGAACUGGUGACCGACUACGCCUUCAGUGAGCCCGAAGUUUACUAUUCACAUCUUAACCCCUUCAACCCCACCGAGGAAGCCCAGGAUGCAAUGGUGACCAUCAAGAGAGCUGCCGAUUCUCUGACCUACGCCCAAAAGAAAGAGGCCAACGACGUCAUGCAAAAAGUGUUGGUGACAUGUUAGAGCAUCAACCCUCCGUCGAACCCCUGGGGCCUCCAGGAGCCCCAGACGUUGCUAACUCCCCGGUGCUGAUCCUGGAUCGACGACUACCAGAUCACUCGACUUGAUUCCCGUUCGCCGACUCUUCUGGCCAGGAGCUUUUCUUCAGCCUCGAGACCGGUCUCUAGCUUAGGUAGAAUGGAGAAGCCUCGCUACAUCUUAGACUGCCCCCAGGAUUCCUGGAAUAAACUCACUGCAAUUCGUC